AUGGGAGCGUCGGCCGUCUCCGUGAAGGACUGCGUGUCUCUGUUCGUCUACUGCUUCACCUUCCUCCUGGGCCUGCCCGCCAACCUGCUGGUGCUCUUCGUGUACGUCCGCAAGGCGCGCAAGCGGGGCGCCACGCCCAACGUGGUGUACGCCCUCAACCUGUGCCUGGCCAACCUGGCCCUGGUGGCCUGGCUGCCCGUCAAGGCCCUGGAGGUCUUCCUCCACGGCUGGGUGCUGCCGGGCUUCCUGUGCCCCAUCUACAACUUCUUCCUGUUCGCCUCGGUGUACGGCAGCUGCCUGUUCCUCACGGCCGUCACGGUGGGCCGCUACCUCAGCAUCGCCUUCCCCAUCGCCUACAAGCUGUACCGCCGCGCGCGCAUCUCCUGCUUCAUCAGCGUGGCGCUCUGGGCCGUGGUGCUGCUCCACCUGUCGCUGGGCCUGGUGGCCGAGGGCGGGGCUUUCUUCGUGACGCGGCCCGACGGCGAGGGCGGGGCGGCGGCGUGCUACGACCACUUCGACGAGUCGCAGCUGGGAGUGCUGCUGCCCCUGCGGCUGGAGAUGGCCGUGUGCCUGUUCCUCCUGCCGCUGGCCAUCACGUGCUUCGGCACGCUGCGCUGCGUCACGCUGGUGUGGCGCUCCUGCCUGCCGGCGGCGGGGAAGCGGCGGGUGCUGGCGGUGGCGCUGACCACCCUGGCGGUGUUUGUGGUGUGCUACGCGCCCUACAACGCCUCGCACGUGGUGGGCUUCGCCACGUGGGACGACGUGUGGUGGCGCAGCGGCGCCAUGAUGACCAGCGCCUGCAACGUCUUCCUGGAGCCCGUGGUCAUGCUGAUGCUGUCGCCCGCCGUGUCCCGCGGCAUCAUGGGAAGGGUGUGCGGCGGCAGUGGGCGUCGCCCGACCUCGUCCGCGCCGCGGUCGGCGCAGAGUCGCCCGCGUAACACCCUGUCGCAGGACCCCGGUGGGGAUGUCAGGGAAAGCCCCUCGCUGUCGGAUAAGGGUCCGCCCGAAGUCACGAUGACCAGGUUGAGUCAAGACUGA